GGAGUCGAUUGUGGAGCACAUCCAGGCUACGAUGAGCCGGGGAAGCAGCGACGAGUGCCGCCAGCUUUGUGACGCGGCUGCCACCGUCUUUGGCAAUGACUACGGUAGCCUUUUCGUGGAGAUUUGCGCCAACGUGCAGUGGGAUCCAUGCCUGACCGCGUGCUCUCUAGAAGAAUUCGGGGCGAUCAAGCAGGCAGCCUGGGACGGACUCUUCCGGGCUGCGAGCUCCGACAGCACGCUUCAAAGGCACCGUUUUGACGAUGGCAGCCGCAACGAGGCCAUAUGGAGACCUCGGAUUUCCGACAUGAUCCUCUACAUAGUUUAUCUGAUCCUCGAGGACUGCUUGGGCGCCAGCGUUGAUCGUGAGAGGUGGAAACGAGACUGCAAGUCACUGCUGUAUACCAGACGGGGGGGGCAGCGCGUGUCCCGCAGUGGAAAAGGGGUUUUUGUUGCGAUUAGCAACUCCACCAGAGGAAUCUGUGAGGCGUUUGCGGCGUGGAUCCAGUCUCCAAGCACGCAGAGGGACUUGGAUGCCAUAAGAGAGGCAGUCGUCUCGGCUGGUGGAGUGGAGUAUGACGAGGACAGGCCGCAACUCUGGGCCAGGAUGCAAGAGCUGCUGGGUGUCACUGGCAACAUUUGGAUUUGCAUGCUUGCUCGUGCCUAUGUGCAGCAUGAACACCACUUUGGUGCUUUCAAAAAUGCCGCAAAUUAUUCCGGUGAAGAUCUGCCCACAAUUGUCCGCAAGCAUUCAGGCCCAGAAAGUACACCAAGGAUCGAAGUUUUCCACGGCCCCGGCAGCGCUUCCAGGAUUUGAGUUUUGCUUUUGCUAGAGAAGUUUCCUUGCAAUUGAGCUUUCUUUCAAAGCCAAUUUGCUGAAGCUGUCAAACCGGGACCCAAAAGGAAGCACACCUUUUCUAGUAGGAGAGUCUGCGCGCGCUCGGGCCACCUCCGAAGAAAUGAUCCAAGAAGUACUGCCACGUCAGCAUGUUCGAAGGCUUCACUUGCUAUUAGAGCAACACUAAAUAAUAAUAGUCAAUAUUAAUUUCUAACUCAAUAUUGGCAUGUCUAAA